UAGCAACCCCCUUCCCGAAUCAAGACAAAAUAAAAGCCAUCUCUCUCUCUCUAAUUUUUUAUGGAGAAAAAGCUUACCCGUCUCUGCUUACUCUGUCACACCAUUUUCAGUACUACCAUUCUGCAACUCCCAUUCUACUGAGUGCCCCUCAAAUCAAACCCAACCACCCUCUCUUGCUGCUUUCUAUCUCAUCUCGUUUAUUUCUACCUUUUUCUCCUGUGUUCUUCUGGGCUGGCUCUCCCAACCAUGGAAGCUUUUAGCUUGCUCAAAUACUGGAGGGGCGGCGGCGGUGCUGUCGUUGUUGGCCCUGGAGAUUCCGGUGUUAACUCACGCGCCACUACUAUCGUCACUGCGGUCUCCCAGAACGCUGUUGAAACCGACGAUGACGAUGAUGAUGACGGUCCCUUUUUUGACUUGGAGUUCGCUGUACCUGACGACGACGAAGGAGAAGAAGACGGACAUGAUAAGAAGGUAAGUAAUGGAGACGUUUCUGAGGAGGAAAACGACGAUAACGAUGACGAAGAUGGGGAAGAUACAGACGGGGAGACGGAGUUCAACUUCACUCUCUCUUCUGGUUCUAGCAACGACCGUGUGGAUCAAAAUCUGACACUUUCACCUUCCGAUGAUUUGUUUUUCAAAGGGAAACUUGUCCCAAUCGAGCCUUCUUCCCUUGUUCUUAAUGGCUUAGAGCCUAAUUCGAAGCCUCAGUUCCCUGUUUCUUUUCUGAAAUCUGCCACCAAGUUAAGAGUGUUCAUGUUGGGGUUCAAGAAGUCAAAGAUGAACGCAACGGAGAAGGCCGCCGAGGUUAAUGAAUCUGCUGCUUCUCCUUCUCCCAAACAGCAACAACAGAAGCAAGCAGAGAAAGGAGAGGAGGCGACCAAGCAGAACAAGUUCUUCACUGUCAAGUUCAAGGUCGAGGAGGUUCCUAUAGUUUCUCUCUUCACUAGAGAGAACAGUAAAAGCACCAAGUCCUCGCAGAAACAGAAUAAUACAGAGGAUGCCUCCGCCGCUGCUUCAGAUGAGAAACGGUUUUCGAAAGACGUAAUGCAGAGAUACUUGAAGAAGAUGAAGCCACUUUACAUUCGCGUCUCGAAACGGUACGCAGAGAAACUGAGAUUCUCUGGCCAGCUCAGCUUAGGCUCUGGACUGAAAGCAUCGGCUCCUUCUCCGCCGCCGCCUCCUUCCACGGUAGCUUCAGCGCAGAAAACUUCUCCGCCAAAAUCAACGACGUCAGCCGAGAAGAGCCAACCGGAGACUGAAAGUACAGAAGCUCCUCCAGCGAGCAAUGCGAAGAGCGUGAGACAAGGAAACUUGCCAGCGGGGCUGAGAAUUGUUUGUAAACAUUUAGGGAAAAGCCGAUCAGCUUCUUCUGCUGUGGCGGCGGCUCCAACAGCUCCGGUAAUGUCAAGGAGGAGAGAUGAUUCGCUGUUGCAGCAGCAGGAUGGGAUCCAGAGCGCCAUUCUGCACUGCAAGAGAUCAUUCAAUGCUUCUAGAGAUUCGGAUUCCACCCUGUUAUCAAGAUCAGUGAGUGAUCCCUCCUACGAGAAAUCCCAGGAAUUGUCGAGGAAAUCUUCGGGCGAAGGAAAAUUUUCUCUCUCUGAGAAUUUAACCAUCCUAAAAUGAAGGGCGGGAAAUGGGUCUGUUUAAUCAGAGUUGUGCAUGUUUAGAAAUGAUUCUAUCUAGGAAUUAUUAUUAUUAUUAUCUUUUGUCAGAUUCUCAGUCCAUGAUUUUCCAUACUGUUCUGUAAAUGUGUUUAUUUUUUAAGGAAUUUUGGCUAGGGUAAGUAGAUGUAGAGACGUUUGAUGUUAAGGCAGGAAGCUCACUACCUGGUUUUUAGUUUAUUAAUGUCUAAUCUAUGAAAGCUUCAUCUUUCUGCAAUAAAGCUUAAGAAGAAGAAGAAGAAGCACCAGAUGUUUAUAUUUGUUUAUGCAUAUAAAUUUUACGUCAAACCAGUAA